AUGGCAACCCUCUACCCAGCGAAAACCAAUGCCGGUGUCGUCACGUCGUGGGUUCCGCUUGCGACUGUGUACACGCCAUCGGUCGGCUGCUCUAGUCAAUAUCGUCUCAACGGGCCUAGUCUUGUCGCCUUUGACCCGGGAUAUGGCCUAGAUAUUGACAGUAGGAUCAUUUGCCAACCACCGGCGGUGACAACAUGGUGGGAGCAAGGUCGUCUGGGUUCAGGGAACGAUGCUGGGCACACAGCUGUUUCUCUGGGCCCGAUGACUUGUCCCGACAAAUGGAUCACGGUUGCCUCGUCCGUCCAAGAUGAAUCCAGCACCAUUGCCAUGUGCUGCCCAUCUGGUUAUUCCGUUGCAAAUGGGCGCUCAAACUCCAUCGGUGGAGAUUGCCGAUCAACCGCGCUUUCUGGUAUGGUAUUGACGUACGCAUCAACGUCGGGGAUUGCAACAACAUCCUGGAGCACAGCCACAACGACGCUAACAAGAAAUGUUGGAGUGGGAGCCAUUGCCGUCGUUGGAUGGAACAUCAAACAAACAACAUCAACAACAACGUCAUCGGAUGUUCUUGAAACAGCAUCCAUACUAGUGACGGAUACACAAGGGUCGGCUCCCAGAAUAUCGAGCGGCAGUAUAGCAACGAGUACAGAGCAGCAAGCGACCGGUGCCAUACAAACAUCGGCAUCAACCGACUCGCAAGCAGCACCCAUACUUGGGUCAUCUGGAGGACUAUCCGCAGGGUCUUCGAUUGGCAUCGGCGUAGGCGUUGCCGUGGGCUUUAUUGGAAUUGUGGCUCUACUGAUAGCGCUUUACAUGGUCCGAAACCGACGCAGGAGGCUACAACAGUCAGCUGCGGCAGACCCUCCUCCAGAGGUGCAUACUGAUCCGAUGUCUGCGUACCAACAGGAUCCCCCAAUGCAGUCGACGUACGGGAAUAAGUUCAUCUACGAGGCUUCGGAUCAUUCCCGCCCUGCAGACAUGGAACUCGAUGGAACUCACGGGUUAUCGGAACUUCCAGGCUCAAGGUAA